GUAGUUGAGCCAGCAGCUCUGCUAGUCUACAACUUGAACUUGAAGUGGUUCUCGCGGAUCAUUCUCAGGAUGCUCAAGGGCGAGCAGAGCAAGAAGCGCCUAGCUUGCUCAUCCACCUACCGUAGAGAUUUUUGAGGAGCUGGACUUCUGCGAGGGCCAAGUUUGCGCCAUCAAAGCCACAACUUGCUCAACAUGGCCACCGAAUCCAAGAAGGAAGCUUUCAGGAAGUACCUGGAGUCGAGCGGGGUGCUGGACUCCCUGACAAAAGUCCUGGUCAGCUUGUACGAGGAGCCAGAGAAGCCUCCCACGGGAAUUGACUUUGUUAAGGCCCACCUAGGAGGCCCGACGCCGCAGGAGUUCGAGCAGCUGCGGAAAGAAAAGGAGGAGCUUCAAGCGAAGUACGAUGAGCUACAAACUAGAUGCGAGGAGCUCAGCCGGAAGGUCGAAGCGCUUGAAACGGGCGAGAGUACAACGACCACAUGAGCUGCUCGGUCGGAGCCGAAGACAUCGGGGCGUGUAUGAUAGGGAAUCGACAAAUCAUCGCCGCUUCAAAGACGCGGCGGAAAUGCAGGCUUGAAGUUGCUAGCAUGCAAUGCUGGCCCGCUUCCGCUGUAGAGGAGCGUGGUCUAGACAGCCGCCGGCGACAAACUAGGCAAUAAUCUCUGCAAGACUUGGCGAGAUCAGAUCUCAAGCGGCCCGCUCGACGCUUUGCUCAAUGGCGAGACAGCUAGGUUGACGCCAGUAGGAGUCACUUACAAAGACGUCUCUGAUGGGCGACCAGUUGACUUGCAUCAAACUCAUUCAAGGCAAAAAAAGAUUUAGGUACGUGACAAUCAAAUGCAAGCUUGCGCUACACAUGAUCUCUUAAGGGCUUGACUUGGCUUGCGACAUUGAUCCGGAGGAGGGGCCAAAGCGGUCAUGCACGUGAAUCACUACUAGUACGGU